AUGCCAACCAAACCCAAGCCCCGUCGCGGAAGCCGUCAAUCGACAAGCCCUUACACGCACGAACCGAAACCCCAGCAAGAACGUGAAGAUGGCAGGCUGCCCGAAUACAACCACAAUGGUCAUGCUGUGACUCCGGGCAUCAAACCUAACGGCGAAAGUGGUAGACGCGGAUUUCAUCCUCUCCACUUCUUCAAAAUCUGCUGGGCCAGUUCGUGUACCGCUUCCAAAUAUGUGAACGUGCUAUGGCCAUUCGUUCCUGCCGCCAUCGCCUUGGUAAGUAGAGCAUCUCUGUCACUUUGUAUUCAAUCCUCUGACACUGUUCUGCAANNGCACUUCGCCAGACCUCAAGAACGACUCUGGAUCUUCAUCUUGGCUUACAUUGCCAUGGUCCCAUCAGCAAACCUUAUUGGAUUCGCUGGACAAGAACUAGCCAGAAAGCUUCCAACUGUUCUUGGUGUUGUUCUUGAGACCACAUUAGGCUCUCUGGUUGAGAUGAUUCUCUUCAUUGUCCUUCUGGUGAACCAAGGAGAACAAGGCGUUCCAAUUGUUCAAGCCGCCAUUCUUGGUAGCAUUUUGGCAAACCUGCUGCUCUGUAUGGGUCUCUGCUUCUUCUUCGGAGGUCUGCGCCGUCAUGAACAGACGUUCCACGACGUCGUUAGUGAUACUGGAAGCAAUCUGAUGCUGGUUGCCGGCUUCGCUCUCGUUAUUCCAGUCACGUAUGCCAACGCUCUUGCAGGCCGUCAGAACCUCACAGAAGAAAUCCUCAGGAUGGAAGUUGUCAAGAUCUCUCGGGCUACCGCGAUCGUCCUUCUUAUCGCCUUUGCAGUCUACACCUUCUUCCAGAUGAAGUCGCAUCAUGGACUUUACGACGACAUCCUCGAAGAGGACGAGCAGAACGACGCUGAUCGUCACCGUGAUUUGGCCAAAGCGAAGCUUACUCUUACCGAGUCCAUCCUUGCUCUUGCUAUUGCUAUCACUUUCGUCUCGAUGAUGGCCGUAUUCCUGGUUCAGAAUAUUGAAUACAUGAAAAACAACCGCAACUUGUCGGAUGCCUUCCUGGGUCUUAUCCUGGUUCCGCUUGUUGAGAAAGCUGCCGAGCACAUCACCGCGAUCGACGAAGCAUGGGACAAUCAGAUGAACUUUGCAUUGUCACACAUCCUCGGUGCAUCUAUCCAGACUGCAUUGCUAAACACUCCGCUUGCAGUCAUCGUUGGCUGGGGCCUGGUAUGUCACCGCGGUCAUCAUCCGAAUGAGUUCGGUCUCGUUGCUAACAGUGUUUUAGAANNAGUACACAUGUCUCUCAACUUCGAGAUGUUCGAUGCCGUCGUCCUCAUCCUAGCUAUCCUCGUGGUUGGCCAAUUCUUGCGUGACGGCAAAUCUAAUUACCUGGAAGGAGUCUUGUGUUUCCUUGUUUACGUGCUCAUCGCAGUUGCUGCCUUCUAUUAUCCCAACCCAGUUGAGGGCGAGGAGAGCGCUGGCAGCAGUACAUCAAGCGAAGGCGCUGCCAAGUUCAGAUGA